UCGCGGUGUGUUUUCAGGUGAACCAAGAUAACGUGGUGAAGGUGGGACACAGACAGGUGGUCAACAUGAUCCGCCUGGGCGGCAACCGGCUGCUCAUCAAGGUGGUGACUGUGAGCCGGAAUCUGGACCCAGACGACACGGCGCGCAAAAAAGCUCCUCCCCCACCCAAGCGAGCGCCCACCACCGCGCUGUCUAUGCGCUCCAAGUCGAUGACCUCUGAGCUGGAGGACCUCGUGGAUAAAGCCACUCUAAGGAAAAAGAAAGGUGAUAAAGUGGAAGAGAUGACGCAUGGCCAGAAGGCCUCGCCCGCCGACGCCAAGGUCGCCACCAUCAAACCGCGCCCCUCCAGCCGCUGCCUGGUCACCGCGGCCGACAUGAACGCUCUGUACCAUGACCGCCAGGGAGUAGCAGUGGCGCCCCCCACCGUGCCAGGGGCCUUCCUGGGGCUACCCGAGAAGGGCACUUUGAAGAAGCAGAAAUCUAUAGGUACCUCGGAGGACGAGAAACAGGGAUUCCUCACACCUCCUCUACUCAAGUUCGCCCGGAGCCUCUCUAUGCCGGACACCUCCGAGGACAUCCCCCCUCCCCCAGCCAUUUCGCCCCCCUCGCCACCCGACUACAACUCCGGCCCAACAACCAAGGGCUACGGCACCACGCGACCCAGCUUCCUCCAGAACUCGCCCAAUGCAGUGAAGACCAUUAGCCGAACAACGGAUGUCGGCACGUUGAGGCGUGGCUAUUACCGCCAGAGCUCAGAGCAGUUUGAGAGCACUCGCAUUCGAGGCCGCGCGCCGGUGCCGGAGAACCCUUACUCUGAGGUGGGAAACAGGACACUGUACGUGCCGGCCAAACCGGCUCGACGGAAGGGCAUGCUCGUAAAGCAGCCCAACGUUGAGGACAGUCCCGAAAAAAAGUGUCGCAAGCCAGCAAACCCCUCGGGGGCUGUUUCCAUGCCCACUACACCCGUGGAACGAACGUGCUCCUCUAUUCCGAUCCCGACCAUCAUCGUCAAGGAGCCCUCCACCAGCAGCAGUGGCAAGAGUAGCCAGGGUAGCAGUAUGGAGAUCGAGCCCACCACCCCUGAACAUCCGCCUCUCUCGCCCACUGUCUGUGGUUUGCGUCCUGAAGACCCAAUGUCUCUCGGCAACCCCUUCGCGGCAGCCAUUGCUGGAGCAGUGCGGGACCGGGAGAAAAGGUUAGAGGCGAGAAAGCACUCGAGUGCCUUCCAGUCAAUAGACAUCGGGGACGACGACUUCGGUAGUCCCACACCAACCCCUCGCCUGCGGCACUCAAAGUCCAUCGAUGAAGGCAUGUUCAGUAGCGAUGAGCGGCUUCGGAGGAUAUUAGGUCCGCCUCUCGCAGCACAGCUUGGGCCCCCUGUCGGCGGAGGUAGUGGCAACAUGACUGACUUCAACACUCCUGAGCCUAUGGUGGUACGAGAGCCCCUAAACACUAGAACAGGCCAGUGUCCUAACCUGGACAGUCCUGUUAGUCUCCCGUCCACUCCCCCUAAGAGCCACUACCGGGCCAACGGGACCUACCUACAUCCUGUCACCGGCAAGCCCUUAGAUCCCAAUUCUCCCCUUGCCCUGGCCCUCGCAGCUCGUGACCGGGCGAUGAAGGAGCAACAAAACCAUCCUCAGAAUCAGCCAACAAAUCCUCAGGUUCAGCAGACGGCCAAGCAUGAAGCCCAGUCCCUCCCAAUUCAGCCAAGCCACAAACCAGACCUCAACCAACCGCUGUUUAUCGACACCAAGCUACGCUCCGGGAUCGAGACAAGUUUUUCCGCAAUCUCCACGGCGACCAUGGGGCGGCCCGGCCGAGGUGCCCUGCGGAGGCAGAUGACGGAGCAAAAGUACGAGUCCGAUGGGGCGCGAGAAGAGCGGCAGCAUCAGGCCGUAGAGGAGCGGAAAAGCGCACCGGCGGAUGUGGCGGACACAUCGCAACCAAAGUCAGCAGGGUUGCUGAUGGUACACACAAGCAACGAAGCGAGCAAUAAGGUCAACAACCAGGAGGUGGAGGGGCAAGACAGCAACAGGCCAUCUGAACUGAAGGACCCCAACCAACCCGAUCCUGUCAAUGCUGCAAAUCUGUCCGCCAAUCCCAAGCUGGGGUCCUCUCAGAGGAGGAGCAUUACCGUGGGCGAGUCCAUGGAGGAACCGGUGAAGCUGCCCUUCCGCAUCCCCCCUCCCCCCCUGGCCUCUGUCGACAUUGACGAGGACUUUGACUUCACGGAGCCCCUUCCCCCACCGCUGGAGUUUGCCAACAGUAUCGACAUACCUGAUGACCAGGCCAGUGCCAUUGCAGAGAUGCUUCAGCAGCAGAGACGGAACGGGGGACCCGGCCUCCCCCAAUACCACGCUCACGCCUCGCCAGCCGUCAUGGAUCUACACAAACGGCUAGCACACAGUAUGCCUCCCUCAUAUCCUCCCCCUCCACCAGACUCUGAGUCAGGGGUGGGUGACUCGGGCAUCGAGGAGGCGGAGAGCCGCAGGAGCGGGGAUCCUCAGCACAUGGACACCACCAACACCGUCUCCAGCAUCUCCACCUUGUCGUCGGAGGGAGGCUUCUGCGACAGCGCUCUGGAGAGCCUCUAUGCCACGGACGGACACGCCUACUUGGUGGAUCGGCCCCCAGUCGCCCCCAAACCCAAGGGCAAGUCGGUCAUCAACAGGACAUCGCUUUAUCACGACGCUCUCAUAGAAGAGCCCCCAGAGUCCUACGGGUCCCCGCCUCAGGCCCCGCCCCCUCUCCCUUCAUCCUCGGACCCUCCGAAGACUCCCACUCACAGGGCGUCCAAGCUGUGGGGCGAUCAGCCCCCGGAGCUGCGCAGCCCCCCAUCUCCACCGGACACCAAGAACACUGUCAUCACCGAGCUGAGCUCUAUUCUGCAGCAAAUGAAUCGCGACAGGCCGUCCAAGCCCGGAGAAAGCCUCGACUCCCCGACGGGGACAAGGGGGGGCUUUGGAACAAGGCCGCCGUCCGACGACUCAGGAAUGCGCAACAGCGCCUCCACCCCCCCCAGCAGCCUCCCGUCACAGACGCAGCCCUGCAGCCCGCCGGACUCCGCCUCCUCCCUCACCCCGUGCUCCUCGCUGCCUCCCUCCGUGUCCCCCACCCUCACCGACGUCUUCGGCCUGCCCACCCCGCCCAUGGGCAGCGGCGGCGCCUACAGCCUGAGCUCCUCGUGCGGCGGCAGCUCGCGCUCGCCCUCGCCGCUCACGCUCAUGCAGCAGUCGGCGGCGUCGGGGAAGCCCUUCGCCUCCAAGCCGGUGGAGCUGUGGAGCAAAGAGGACGUGGCGGACUGGCUGGAGAGUCUGCACCUGGGGGAGCACCGCGACGCCUUCCUGGACAACGAGAUCGAGGGGGCCCACCUGCCCUCGCUGCAGAAGGAGGACCUGAUAGACCUGGGCGUGACCAGGGUGGGCCACCGCAUGAACAUCGAGAGGGCCCUCAAGCUGCUGCAGGACAGAUAGAGCCUCCCGGGACGGGGGCGGGGGGGGGGGCACUUUUAUACCGACCGCUCCAUCCAACCAGGUGGAGGUUUUGUCCCGAACCGUCCUCUCUCAUCCUCCGUCGGGCCUCGUCUCAGCCCGAGAACCAGCUGCUACGUCACAUGGAGGAGACGAGUAACGAGGACUGGAAGGUGUGAAGCUCCGCCCCUCUCUGGAAUACCCGACACGUUACUGGACACUGAAGAACCAGCUGAGCUGGUGGUCGCUCCUUUUCUAUCUUUGCUAGAGUUUGUUCAGAGAAUAAUAUUUCUUCACUAGAGUCCGACCGGAGUUAUAUUUCUGGGUGCAUCUAAAGUUGUAGAGAAAAAAAAUUGAGAUAGACUCCAUUUUUUCUUCUUUUGUGCUUUUCACCUGUUGUGUCAAAAUAAGAGCUGUUUAAAACAGACAGUGAACCUCGUGUCACGCACACGCACACACACACACACACACACACACGCACACGCACACGCACACACACACACUUUAUGCACACACUGACGAACGAGAGAACCCGCUGUCUUCACACACACACACACGAUGGCCUUCUUCUCCUCACAGAGAGCAAAGCGUGGAGAGGAUGGUUCACCUGAGGAGAAGCUCCGCCCACUCUCCUCCUGCCUCAUCGUAACCACGGCGACCAAUGGGAGCGCACUCGUGGCUUUUCCGAUGUGUGUGUGUUUGAUGUGUUGAAGGUUCAGACGUGUCCAUGGAGGCUCUGCACAGACCUCCGUGUAGACAAACUCGAGCCGCUCUUUACUUUUAUUCCUCUUCCUCGUGUCAGAGCUCCUCCCUCAUUAGCAGGUGGGCGUGGCCCCGCGGCAGAAGGCUUUUAGAGAGCGAGCGAGCAUUUAAAGGGACGGUUCGACAUUUUUGGAGCUUUCUUGGAGCGAGUUGGAUGCCACGUAUGUACAAUACAGAGCCUGGAGACAAGUAGCUUAGCAUAAAGGCUAAGUGCUGAUGCUAGUUACACAUUUUUAUGUGAUCACGUGAUGCUAGGGGGCCGAAGAAUACUUUUCCCAUAGACUUAAAUUAGGAAAGGUGAUGUCUGCAACUCCUCCAUUCAUGUGAAUGAGAAGGAGUCCAGGAGGCGGGGCUUAACACAGGCCCUCGCCUUGAUGUUCAAAGGUCCUCAGCCUGAUUCCUAUCUUCAUGCUAAGCUAAGUGUCUCCUGGCCUUAACUUGAGAGCAGCAUCGAUCUUCUGCAGGACGAUUAAAAAGCGUCUUCUCCAAAGUGUCAAACCUUUGAGUCCAGUGUUUGAUGCAUUUUAUUGACUUUGAAUCCAGUGUCAGAUCCUUUUUGAAGGCCCUUUUUUAGCUUUCAACAAUUUUAAAUAUCACAAGUGAUAAACAUCCUAGUAUUUAAGAACUGAUGGUUGACAUUUAAAGAGCUCCAGGGAAACAAGGCGUUUUCUAUACAGCUCAAUCAACGUGAUUUUGUACAUUAUUUUUUUGUUAAUUGAAAAAUGAAACAUCAAGGAGAUUAAAGACACAAUAAGAGAUUUGUUAGCAUGAAGCUAACUGCCGCUCGUUGCCAACCACAUCCCAAAAUGACCUAAACAGAUAAACCCCGAACCGGAGGAAACAGCUGUGUGAUUCAGAGGAUUCUGCUUCAGCCUGAAGCGUCGUCCUCCGUCAGCACCGGCCGGCUCCUCGGCUUUCAGAGCAGAUGGAGAUUCUGCGGCUUCGGGGGGUUUUACAUGUCGAAUUAGGCUUUUUUACGUAACUCUGCAAUGUACUCGCCGAUAACAAACAACCAGGAACAACCUGAGAGGCGGCAGAUGUUCAUCAGCGGGAGAUUAGGAGAAUAAUCCGUCUCCUUAUACCUUCUCAUCAAGGGUCCAAUCGUAAACUAAAUCAGCGUUUAUGAAGAUGUGUGUGUUUGAUAGCAGUGAAUACAGGCUGGUCACGAGGAGAAGUGCAGUAUGUGUGAAACGUGUACAUAAGAUAAGAUACAAGAGGAUUAUAUGUCGAGCUCCAGGGAAGGUCUACGGGAGAAGGGAAUUCUAUGAAGAUGGAUUCAGAGUUUGAGCCGACGUUACCAGCAGCGGCCUCAUCCGGCAGAGGAAGCCUUACAUCGCUCCCAGUUCCCUCCUCCACCUGCACCACCAACACCGCUUUUAUCUCAGUAGAUUCCUCCAGAGGCUCCUGACGGGGGGCUCCAUGUGUGGAUUUGAUACACAUAUAUAUAUAUAUAUAUAUGUGUAUAAAUGACAUACAUGUCUAUUUACCGUUUCAUUGGGUUUCAUAUCAUGUGGGUUCAUCUUUUGUGGAGACGAAGCUGUGUUCUGUGAACAUUGCUGCUAUGCUCCUGAUCCUGGUCCUGAUCCUGGUCCUGAUCCUGGUCCUGCCCCUGGUCUUGAUCCGGAACACGUUCUUGAUCAUGGUCCUGGCUCUGAUUCUGGUCAUGGGCCUGAUAAUGUUCUUGAUUCUGGUCCUGAUCCUGGUCCUGCCCCUGAUCCUGACCCUGACCCGGAUCGUGGUCCUGGCACUGGUCCUGGUCCCGGUCCUGGUGUGGUCACUUGAGAGCGGCGUGUCAGAGGGAGUCACAAGCACAGUAUUUUUAAAGAUUUGUAUUCUGAGUUCUAUGAAGACUUUAUAGAGGUUAUCUGAACAAAAGCUGUUCGUUGAGCAGAUGAUUAACGCGGCAUCGACAGACUUCUGGUUCACGUAAGAAGCAAUAUUUAUUCUAAAUGAAUCUCCUUGGUUGUGUUUUAUUGUCCAUUUUAGAGUCACAUGCUGACGUAGUUUCAAUAAAGUGGAAAUCGAACCCUUCUCGUGCUCGUCGGGGUCGCGCCAAAUAAAAUGUCGCCAUGGUGACGCUGUGUGAGCUGCAAACAGCGGAUGCUGAUGGUCAGCGUCAACCCAAUGCUAUCUGGCUAACGAGCUAGUGUGCUAGUAGACGCUUUGAUGCUACAUUAGGUGUCACUCACACGGAACCUCGUGGGUUUGCAUGGAGGUUGGCCCGCUGCACCCGUCACCAUGGCAACAGUGUCCAGCCAACCAUCACGCAGCUUCUCCGCUGGUUCCUUCAGACGAGAGACUCUACUGACGGAGGUGGACCACCAUCUGCCUGACCAGACCCCCCUCAUCUCCUGCACCCCCCCCCCCCCCCUUACUUUAGAGCGUGUAUAAACAGAGCAAAAUGUGUACAUUUAAAAACACACACAUAUAUAUAUAUAUAUAGAAUAUUUAUUUUGUAAAUGCAGGGCCGCCUCGGUGGGGAAGCAACUGAACGCUCUGUGUUUACGCGCAUAAAUCCCAGAGGAUCUCUGUGGAGACGUAGUAGGAAUCUGUAGAGCUUCACCAGCCGUGUUUCAUGGCUCACACCCCCCCUGCCCCCCCCCCACCUUCCAUCGGGUAACUUUCUUUUUCUCUUCCUUUCUUGACUUAUUUUUUGGCAUUAAUAGACUUUAUUCUUUGAUUAAGUCUUCAUAGAGGAAACGAUGUUUUCAGUAAUUCGUGCAGAGAUUUGUGUUCAUGUUUUCCAUGUUGCUGUAAUUUUGUGCUACUAAAUCACCAGUCGACUAAUUACUGAGAUGGAGAGAGAGAAUUUUCCUGUAACUGCACUCUUCCGCCCCUCAAAUCCUCGAGACUUCUUGUAUGGCAACCAAAAUUCACUGUAAGAAAUAAAUAAAAUAUUGCACUAGUGUGG